UCAAGGUAGUCAAGCAUCGAGGUUUCACGGUCCACGAUCAAACGAUCAACAAUCGCGAAUGCAGCCAGCGUCAUAACCUAACUAACACGUUCAGCUCUCACAAAAUUCGCGUAUCCACACACACUCAGCCAAUAUCUAGCCGCAUCUUGGGAACGACCCCUGAAUGGUUCAGUCCCAGCUUCACUUUCAAUCAUUCGGUCUUGACUUCUUACUACUCUCAUAACAAACCGCCCCGCCCCUGAGACCGAGCCUAUCAACUUGAAAGAUAAUUAUGCAAGACACUCUUUCGAGAUGCCAUCCGCGACCAGCAGUGACGAGUGGGACCUCCCACGCGUGAAGGCCUCCAUUGGUUUCGAGGAUGAUUCCCAGAGCUUGGCAUCAGAUGACCAAGACACAGAAUUCUUUGACGUGAAAUUCUACCCAUACGGGGACGUCACACACGAUCCAGUUUUUGCCGCAGUUAGCAAGAAACAUGUCGUAAUAUAUCGACUCUCCAGCAAGAUUACUCCUCCUUACGAGCUUGUUCAGCUCUUCAGGGACGACGAUAAAGAUGCAUUAAACUGUAGCUGCACUUGGACUAAGGACCCCGAAACCGAAGUACCGUAUCUAUGUGUAGCUGGUAGGGACGCCAAAAUUAAGGUCUACGACGUUGUUCAGGGUAAGCUAGUAAAGGUCCUCGUAGGCCAUGGAGGAGAAAUCAAUGACCUCGCCACAUGCCCAACAAAUUUUCUCCUGAUUGCAUCCGCGUCGGAGGACACCACCGUUCGAAUAUGGAGUCUCGAUCCUGCGCACUCUAAACAACCAUGCGUUUGCCUGCUUGCUGGUGAAGGUCACUCAUCAGGACUGUUGACAGUGGCAUUUCACAAUAGUGGCCGUUAUGUUCUCUCCGCUGGGCAUGACAAUGUCAUCUGUCUGUGGACACUCCCUGACUUGCCUCCUGAGCCCAGUGGCAAAACCCCUUCGAAGCCAAUUGUAAUACAUUACCCUCAUUUCUUCACUUCGGAAGUGCAUAGUGGUAUUGUAGACUGUGUGGCUUUCUUUGGUGAUCUUAUUCUUUCACGGGCCUGCCACGAAGAUAUAAUUGUACUAUGGCGAAUUGAGGGAUUCUCAUCUCGCGAUCCCCCCCCUGAAAUUUCCGAGGCGCCAACUACGAGCGACACAGAACGCCUAACCCGUUCUGCCUUUUCCCCUGCGACAGCAUCGGCAUGUCCACCUCAGUAUACUCGCCUAUUAGAGUUUUGGACGCCGCAUUGUGGUCACCAAUUCUACCUUCGCUUCAAGCUCUUUCACGACAAAGACAAACAUCCGGUCCUAGCAUUUGGCAAUGCGAAGGCCAUGAUUUUCUUCUGGGAUCUGGCACGCCUGGGAAGUUAUCACGACUUCAUCAGUGAAGUUCGAGAUCCCACUCGUGAUAAGACUCAGCCAAUCCAACGUCCGGGGUGGUUAGCGCCCAUUCAGCAUAGACACAAGGGCGAUGCCGUUAGUAAGCUUAGAGAUGCUGCUAGCGACAGAGAGUCGGUCGCGUCAGGACGCACUGGUAGCGUAGACGUCGAAACGCACCUUGAUGUCAAUACAAAUUAUUCGCAAGAGACGUUGGAGCAGUGGGAAUUAAAGUACGACAUGACACGUGUCGAGGAACCCAUCAGAGCACACUCGCAGAGCAAUGUUACUGUUAAGGACUUCGUUGGACGCCAGGUUGCUUGGAGCACCGGCGGCGAGUGGUGUGUUGUUGUUGGCAGCAAGAAUCUGGCCAUCAUCCUAGAGCGAUGGCAUAAGAAAGAUAGAGCGGAAGAUAAAGAAAAGAAGCCAAGCCAAGAACGACCGAAUUAAAGGUUGGAUAUUACUCUAAUUAAUUGAAAUACCUCCUAUAUACUAGAAAUAUAUUGAGUUUAAUAACCAUUCAACUUUGAUUCUACGACGUUAUGCGUGGUCG